GUGCUUGAUUGUAGAGGAGAGAAGAAUCUCUCUUUCCAUCCUCUCUAAUAAAAGCCUUGGUGUCCGUCCGUGUUCGGACACCAAGGCAUGCGUUCGUGCCUCCCUGGACUGUUCUGGGCAUUCGCGAAGCACAUGCCCAGAACAGGGCAAGGGAGACACGACCGCCAGCACCCGGCAGCCAGAAGCGGCCGCCCCAAAGAAGCCAGGACCCCUCCUGGGAAUGCACGUGAUGCUUGGAGCCUGGCUGGCUGCUGCUCCUCCCCAGCGUUUGGUCACAAGAACCAGCUCUGUGCCUCGCUGCUCUCCCUGACCCAAACUGCAAAUUCUUCCCUCCGUCUUCAAUCACAAGUCAAAGGCAAGACGGAAUAUCACUUGGACGGAGAAAGAGUUGAAUUCUGCGGAUGAGAAUGAAGGCUCUGUCCAAGAAUUUAAUAUCACCUACCUAGUAAAAGAAGGCUCCGAGAAGGCAGAUCCUUCUCAGUUUCAACUGCUUAAAGUCCUGGGACAGGGUUCCUUUGGCAAAGUCUUCUUGGUCAGAAAAAUCACCCCACCAGACAAUGGCCACCUUUAUGCCAUGAAGGUCCUAAAGAAAGCCACCCUGAAAGUGCGCGAUCGCUUAAGGUCGAAAAUGGAAAGGGACAUCCUAGUGGAAGUCAACCAUCCGUUCAUUGUAAAACUCCACUAUGCAUUCCAAACAGAGGGGAAACUCUACCUCAUCCUUGACUUCCUCAGAGGGGGAGACCUCUUCAUGCGUCUUUCCAAAGAGGUAAUGUUCACGGAGGAAGAUGUGAAAUUCUACCUUGCAGAACUGGCACUGGGCCUCGGUCACUUGCAUCACCUGGGAAUUGUGUACAGAGACCUUAAACCAGAGAACAUCCUCUUAGAUGAUGAGGGGCACAUCAAACUCACAGACUUCGGUUUGAGCAAAGAAGCCAUCUACCAUGAGAAGAAGGCCUACUCUUUCUGUGGGACCGUGGAGUACAUGGCUCCGGAAGUGGUGAAUCGCCAGGGCCACACUCAGAGUGCUGACUGGUGGUCCUACGGCGUGUUGAUGUUUGAGAUGCUGACAGGGUCUCUGCCAUUCCAGGGGAAGGAUCGGAAGGAGACGAUGACCCUCAUUCUCAAAGCAAAGCUGGGCAUGCCUCAAUUUCUUAGCUCCGAAGCACAGUCUCUCCUGCGAGUCCUUUUCAAGAGGAACCCGGCCAACAGGAUAGGUUCUGGUCCAGAUGGUGCUGAAGAGAUAAAGCGUCACCCCUUCUAUUCCACCAUUGACUGGAAUAAGCUCUUUCGGCGGGAAAUUAAGCCUCCUUUCAAGCCUGCAGUGGGCCAGCCGGAUGACACCUUUUAUUUUGACAAAGAGUUUACCUCCCGUACACCUCAAGAUUCGCCUGGGAUUCCGCCUGGUGCAUGGGCCCAUCAGCUCUUCCGAGGGUUCAGUUUUGUGGCCACUGGCUUGAUGGAAGAUGAGAAGGCCAAAACCCCGCCAGCUCCUCUGCAUUCUGUAGUACAGCAACUGCAUGGCAAGAAUCUCCAGUUUAGCGACGGUUAUAUGGUGAAGGAGGCGAUCGGCGUGGGUUCCUACUCCAUGUGCAAGCGCUGCGUUCACAAGGCAACAGGCACCGAAUAUGCAGUCAAGAUCAUUGAAAAGAGUAAGCGCGACCCCUCAGAGGAGAUUGAGAUACUGUUACGGUAUGGACAGCACCCAAAUAUCAUCACGCUGAAGGAUGUAUAUGAUGAUGGCAAGCAUGUCUAUUUGGUGACGGAGUUAAUGAGAGGAGGAGAGCUACUGGACAAGAUCCUCAAGCAGAAGUGUUUCUCGGAAAGGGAGGCCAGCUCCAUCCUGCACACAAUCUGCAAGACGGUGGAGUAUCUACACUCCCAAGGGGUCGUCCACAGGGACUUGAAGCCUAGCAACAUCCUCUAUGUCGACGAGUCCAGCAACCCGGAGUCUAUUCGCAUUUGUGACUUUGGCUUUGCCAAGCAGCUGAGGGCAGACAACGGGCUUCUCAUGACCCCUUGUUAUACUGCCAACUUUGUAGCUCCAGAGGUAUUGAAACGGCAAGGCUAUGAUGAGGCCUGUGAUAUCUGGAGCUUGGGGAUCCUCCUCUACACAAUGUUGGCGGGGUACACUCCAUUUGCAAAUGGUCCCAAUGACACCCCAGAGGAGAUUCUCACUCGAAUCGGCGGGGGAAGGUUUUCCCUCAAAGGAGGGAACUGGGACACUGUUUCGGAUGCAGCAAAGGACCUGGUAUCAAAGAUGCUUCAUGUGGACCCUCAUCAGCGUCUGACUGCUAAGCAAGUCCUCCAGCACCUGUGGAUAACCCAGAAAGAUAAGUUGCCCCAGAGCCAACUGAGUCACCAGGAUGUUCAGCUUGUGAAGGGUGCCAUGACGGCCACAUAUCUGGCGCUGAAUAACUCCAAGCCAAGCCCCCAGCUGAAACCCAUUGAGUCGUCCUUGCUGGCACAGAGGCGGGUUAAGAAGCUGCCAUCUACCACGCUGUGACAUGGAGGAGCUGGGUGCCUCCCCCGCCCAGCCUCUCCAGGGCUGCUCCGCAUGACUCUGCACAAGCUUGACUGGACUUCCAGAGGAGCAGGAAAGCAAACCCAGGAAGAAGUCCAUGUUGAGGCACUUCACUUUAAAUGCACAUCAAGGCCGGGUGCCUUCAGCCAAACUAGCUCUUGCUCUCCUUGAGGACUUUUUAAAAAGUGGACAGCGAGACUGUUUGUAAUGGGAUCCAUAUAUGUAUAUAUGAGAACUUGAACAUACAGUGAUCUGUGUGUUGAUGGCUGUGAGUAACACAGCAGAUCUCCUCCACCUUCAAAGGGCCAGGCCUUAGACCGAUUGGUGCCUUUACAGCCAAAACUGGCAUAGUUGGAAGUUGUCCCACCUCUACCCCACCAAGGUCACUGCAGUGGAGGUUUUUCUAGGAUCUGUUUCUGCAGACAACGUCUUUCGCAUCAUUGAUGGCUUUUAGGUGUGCACAAGUUUCUUGAACAUCAUGCUCUCCAUCCUCGAAGCCAGGUGGCUCAAUCUAAGAGGCUUAUGAACAUCCCUCUCUUCUCUCACCCCCCCACCCCCCCGGAAGUGGUCCCAUCUGUAGGGCUAGGACACAAUGCUUUUCCUAUACCCUUGAAUUCAGGGGGCGUGAGAUAUGUGCUGCAUUAUAGCCAGCUCUGGAGCACACCCUGGGCUUGGAAUAAAACUUUUCCCCAUGG